CUCAGGCUUGGACUGUUACAGAGUCACCUGGCAGACAUUUUUGCAAUUUCACAAAGUUCAGUUUCCAAGAUUUUUACAACUUGGAUUAAUCUUUUGUAUCAUGUAUUUAAGGAAGUUCUUAUAAUAUGGCCUGCAAAGGUUCAAAUUCAAAAGCACAUGCCUAAGAGCUUUAGUAGGUAUCCUCGGACCCGUGUAAUUAUUGACUGUACAGAGUUUUUUAUAGAGAAGUCCACUCAACCUUCAGCUCAGAAAAUUACUUGGAGUGAUUACAAGUCACAUAACACUUUCAAACUCUUGGUUGGUAUUUCACCCACUGGAGCCUUCACAUUUGUCUCUAAACUUUGGUCUGGUGGGGUCUCUGACCGAAAUAUAACUCAGAAAUCUGGACUGAUAGACAAGCUGGAACCUCUAGAUGAUGUGAUGGCUGAUAGAGGAUUCAAUAUUAGAGAUAUGGUCACAAAGAAAAAGGCCACAUUAAACAUUCCCCCCUUUGCAAAGGGGAAGUCCCUUUCAACAAAGGCAUGUACAAAAACCAGGAGAAUAGCUGCAGUUCGCAUACAUGUGGAAAGAGCAAUCCAGCGGCUCAAGUGUUUCCGAAUUUUACGUGGUGUGAUACCUAUCACCCUUGCUGCAGUUGCUGAUCAGACUGUGUUUGUAUGUGCAGCACUGUGUAACUUAAUGAAGCCUCUUGUUUCAAAGUAAAUGUCUAAAUAAUUUUCUUAUGUCUGUAUAAAUCAUAUGAUUUUUGA